AUGCAUUGCAUCAAACUUUAUUCCUCGCUUAUCACGAGGAGAUUCUUCUUUUUAUUCAUUUAUACUCUACAAUUUAUUCCUGGAACUGAUUCCAGUUUCAAUCAAAAAGGAAGGCAAGAUGUCACCGAUCAUCAUAAUAAAAUCAGAUCUCAGUUGGCUCUCGGGAACUUUGUAACCAAACGACAUACGAAAAGAGCUUCCGGUUCAAACAUUCGAAGGUUUUUAUGGAAUAGUACACUCGAGAAGUCAGCUGAUUCAUUCGCCCAAACAAACCCAUCAAAACAUUCGAAUAUCAAUGACAUUGGAGAGAACUUGUUCUGGCAUUGGUCAACGAAACCAGGAGAUUUCAAUAAAUAUGGACCAAUGGCUGCUAGAUCUUGGAUUCAGGAGUUUCAAGAUAAGUAUUGGGACUCAAAUAUUCUAACAACUGCUCUAUUCGGAAGUGGUGUUGGUCAUGCAACUCAGAUGGUUUGGGCGGACACUUAUCAAAUAGGAUGUUCAGUUGCUAAUUUCAAAGAGAUUCACAAGAAGACAGGAAGACCAAUCACCAAGAUUUGUGUUGUCUGCCAUUACUGGCCAAAAGGAAAUUACCUCAACGAGCCGAUAUAUCUGGAAGGUCAGCCAUGUUCGAAAUGUGAAAGCAAGAAAUGUGAUAAAAAGACAGGAUUAUGCAUUUAA